CUCUUGAAUCGAUUGAUUCUUUUAUUUUGACGUGAUCAUAGUUAUACAUACUACUUUCUUUAAUUAUCUUAUCUAGCAGUUUUAACACACCCCUCCAGGGGGCUUAUGUGACCUUUGAGCUCUAUUUUACUGCUGUGUGACCAUCUAAGCUCCCUUCUAGAAGGGUACCCACCCGCCGGUUUCCCCUCGCAUAACGAAGUGCAUCCUGGUCAUGUAGAGCCUCCGAUACUGGGUCAAAAGGAGACAAAUAUUUCCUAGACUCGUCUACAUUUGCCAGCUUCUUUCUAGACACCAUGACGGACAGCCUUCCGAAGGGUUUGAUGGCCACCACCAGCCAGUUGCCGUCCAAGUUCGAUGAUCCUGAUGCGGUUGAGGUGGAGGAUAUCAUACGUCUAUGGAGAGUGUAUGCUACUAAUCCCCGUGUGAUGAACGGUGAUGAGGGCCACAGAUUGGAGAAUCUUUUCUGGAGAAUAUUGAGUAGCGAUCAUGUUCGAGGGUCGAUCCAGGGAGCCACUCUCGCGAAGAUAUUCUCCCAUAUAUCCGAAGAGCCAUCUCCCUUGGUCCAUCUUAGAGGACAAGGUGGAUGUGCCGAGGAGGGAUCCAAGACCAUCGAGCAGGCACCACCGAAGGAUGGGAAUAAGCCAACUAGUCAGUCUGUCCCAGGACCGGCUCAGCAACCCCUACUUCCCAUUUUGAAGAAAAAUGGAUCGCAAAGCGAGUCACAAAAGACAACACGUCUUCUUCUUCCACCACAAAUUGGAGAAUAUAAUGUGAAUAAGCCACCGAAAGCUUCCCUUAAUCCUCCCACUGCUCCCACUCUGAGCGAUACGUCGUCAAAGCAAGGCCAGCGCCGGACUCACAUCGUAGCCAUCAAAGCAUCCAAUGGAAGGCGCAGGCCUGUGAUGAUUCGGCGUAAGUCCUCGCAGGCUUCAACUGAUACUUUAUCCACCCAAAAGUCGCGUCAGACGCUUCAGACCCCUCAAACGCCCAGGCUGGAGCUGAGCACCGCUCCUACGUCCCCUUCGCCGCGGAAUGCAUUUGAAGAGGAGCCUGAUCUGGGCGAUAAUCCAGUGGACCGCCAAUCUCCGGACGAAUCUAGCGAAGCGCCUGAACCAUUCAUGUCAACUUCUCCUAAGAAGCCUCUCACAUGGCUCGAUGUAGGGCGGAUGGCUAGCAAACCAAGAAAAUCUCGCGAGCCCCAGGAUCCAGCCACUGUCGCCAGAUGCUUCCCCUACAGCUUCCUCUACAGCAAUAGCGAUAUGUUCACGGAGAGCCUUCGAGACGAAGAUACACAGCCCUCGCAUAUCCCCCUCGUCCAGCGCAAUUUCCGAACCCGCUACGUCGAAAAACAACGCGAGGAGGUUGCUGCCUGCUCGCUGAAGACGUCCAGCUCACUUUCGGAGGGUCUCUCCGAGGCCACCUCGAGGGGGAUAGGAUUCAGCCUGCCGGCAACCAGUUCUACACACACGAACCUGACGGUCCCGUCGUUUUCCACGAGCCAUCACUCCACUCAUGAACCUGAUGUGAUCAACGAUGCUCCCGCUUUCCGAACCCCGGCCCAGAUCUUGCCCCAGCCACGGAGCUCCCUCAGUGCAUUGUUCCAGGAUGAUGACGUCGAAAGCUCUUCACCUCCUGAAAAGCCCAUGAUCCCCUGCGACCCGAUGGGUGACCAGUUUCUCCCAGUGCCCCCUUUGUCACGACGGAAGCCGUAUCAUAAAUAAGUGAAGGGAUGGGAGAUACGUUUACCACAGACUUUUAUUUCUCGCCGACUGAGUUCUCGCGUUGAAGACAGGACCAACGUUGGCUAGCUUGGUCCAAAUGGUAUAUCUGGGUGAGGUCUCCAACAUCUGUAGUAGCUGGAGUAAUGAAACCGCCACUCGAGAAUAAAGUAUUCAAGUCUACCACUGUAGCGUCUUCGAUUUAGUUGUGAAGAAAGUAGUUGAUGUUGAUCUGCACUUGUCCUAGACAAUUCAUGAUACUAGUUCUGAUGGUAUCUCAACUUAUGUGCCCC